AUGCUUUCAUUGUUGGUCCUGCUUCUUCGCGUCGGCGGUGUCUUACUUCUAUCGGCCCAGCUGCAGGUCGCCCGCGGUAUUUCGAUCGGCUCAAGCCGUAGAGAAGCCUGUCCAGACGGAAUUCACUCGACCAACAACGCCGUCUGCUGUCCUCUCUUUGCCCUCCGGGACACACUUCAGACCAGCGUGUUCGAAAAUACAUGUGGCGCCAACUCCCGCCUAGCACUUCGUCUCACGUUUCACGAUGCACUGGGGUAUUCAACGACGCGUAACAUGGGAGGCGGAUCCGAUGGUUCUAUCAUUCAAUACGCGGAGAUCGAGACAGCAUACCCGGCGAAUGCGGGGUUGAAUGGCAUUAUUGGACAGUACUUGGACUUUUACAAGAAUAAUCAGGUCCCGCUCAGCUAUGGAGAUUUUAUUCAGUUCGCGGGUGCCGUAGCUAUGACCAACUGUCCAGGAUCUCCAACGUUACAAUUCUUCAUGGGUCGCCCCGACGCUAAAGGACCUGCAUUGAAUGGAGCAAUAUCUAAUGCACCUGACUCCUCGGAUGUGAUACUUGCCCGCUUCGCAGAUGCAGGCUUCAACAGCGACGAAGUCGUGACUCUGUUGGCGUCACACUCUGUUGCCAAACAGUCUUCCCUUUCUAGUGCUCCUCUCGAUAGCACGCCUGCUCUUUUCGACACGCAAUACUAUGCUGAGACCAUGCUGAAGGGUACGGUAUGGCCUGGCGCUCCGAAUAUUACUGGCGAAGUCAUGUCUCCGACCCGCUCACAAGUACGACUGGCCUCUGACGUGUUCAUCGCACAGGAUCCUCGUACCGCUUGCAAGUGGCAAGGCUACGUCAACGAUCAGCAAAGGAUGCAGUCCGAUUUCCAAGCUGCCAUGCUCAAAAUGUCGCUUCUGGGUCAGGAUCAAAGCGCUCUCACUGACUGCUCAGACGUCAUCGAGAAUGCACCGCCGCUCCCUCAACCGGCGACAUAUUUUCCGGACAAUUUCACGGUGGCGGAUGUCAACCAAACAUGUUCUAGCACGCCCUUCCCAAAUCUUCCAUCCGCCCCAGCUCCCAUCAUUUCCGCCACCGCGGCCGAUCGUUGA